AUGUCUUCAUUCCCCGUAUCCUCCUCUCGCAGAUCCUUCUGGAGAGAUGAAUCACCAGCAAUUACCCCCGGUAGUCCCGGUCCCUCACGAUUAUCCAAACAUGACGUUGCGAAUUACCUCAACUUCGCUACCAACCUUGAUCGUACUGAAGAGUAUGAUCUAUCUUGGAGACUUUCUCAUCCUCCCGAUGCCCACAGGCAACAGAAACUCCAAAUUCCUAUCAUUGCCGAAAACGAAGAUGGGUUGGAAAAUGAAUUAGAAUCAGAAGAUCUCGAAGUAGAAGUAGAAACUGAAGGUGAAGGAGGUGAUCAUCAGUCUUCGUCACCAAAUAAAACAAGACGUAUUGAUGGACCUGGAUUUGCACCAUCAUAUCAAGAUGUCAGUGGAUCCAUAAACAAGAAUAAGAAGAGGAAGACGGAUGAUAGGGAUAAAGAGCGAGAAAAAGUCAAAUGGCCAUUAUCGACGGCCGAACUGGACAAGCAGACUCAGCAAAAUGGAGGUAUAGGUAUAGAUUCAGACCCGUUAGAAGAUACGAUCAAAUCAUUUGCAGUGUCAUAUAUACGAUUGAAUGGAUUGAAAUCACCUUAUACCGAUAACAAUCACGGUAAUGGUGAAGGUGAAGAAUCGUUGUCUCAUCAGAUUCUCGAUCCGGAUUUAGAACAGGAAUUAGAAUCGAGUCUACCUGAUGAUUUCAUCAAGUCGACAAAGGAAUAUCUAAAUAGCAUAUUAACGAAUCUAGCUAUCAUGAGACCAGCAGAUAUUGGUAAGAAGAGGAGACAGAUGGGUGCGAUAGAUUGGAUGGGAGUGUUGAGUGCUGCUAGUUUGGAUAAGGAUUUUGAGCCGCUAGUGAAGGACGCAAAUGGAAGGCUCAGAGAGAUGUACAAGGUGGAUGACCAUGAUCUACUCACUCAUCGUCUCGGUAUUCUUCAACGCCCCCAGCUUAAUCAAGAAGAAUCUAUUCUUGACUGUCUUUACGACACUGUCUUACCGAGAACGAACAAUGCGAUACGUCCACAUCAAUCUCAGCAAGAACUAGAAAAACGUGCCGAAAAGCGUCGUUUGAAAGAAGAAUUAAGGCUCGCCAAAUUAUCCAAACAAUCUUCAUCCGUCCCAGUCAACCCAAAACCAAAACGAACGAAACGAAAAUAUACCAAACGAGAUUAA